GGGGGGGGGCAUGAGUGUAUGGCGAUUGUCGAGAAGUUUCUGGAUUUGGAGGGUCGGAUGGCCUUGCAGGACUUACCGAAGGUCGUUGAGCAUGCGAGUGUGGGGGAGAGGAUUGAGAAGAUGGGGAAUGAUUACCUUACUGUACGGCAGAUCAAAGGCGCGCGUAGGUAUAAUAUGUGCCAGAUCCUGCAUUCCUACAACGGUGAAGUCGCUAUCCGAAUCUUGAAGGCUCGGCUCCCGGCUACAAGUGCAGACUCUGUUCCCUUGAUUGAUGACAAGGCUAUUUCAGAUGAAAAGGUAUCUGGUGCGCCGAGCGUGUUCUUGACAAUGUUGGCGAUGUUUAAGGGGGUUGAGAGACGCGAGGCUCAGUGGAGGAAACUGCUUGAUGAUGCGGGUUACAGAGUUAAUGCUUUGUAG